CGGCGUGCUCCCAUCUGUCGGGUCGCGGCAGCCAUUUUGUUCCCCCCGAGGAGCCCCUAAGAUGGCGGCGAGGGAGACGGUGAAGGUUGCCUCCAGCCCGUCCGGGCUCUGAUCCUCCGUCUCCCCGUCCCCCGGCGGCCGGCCCAUGGCCUGGCGGAGGCCCGGACCAUGGACCUCCGCACCGCCGUGUACAACGCCGCCCGUGACGGCAAGCUGCAGCUGCUCCAGAAGCUGCUCAGCGGCCGGAGCCGGGAGGAACUGGACGAACUGACAGGCGAGGUGGCCGGCGGGGGGACGCCGCUGCUCAUCGCCGCCCGCUACGGCCACCUGGACGUGGUGGAGUACCUGGUGGACCGGUGCGGCGCGAGCGUGGAGGCCGGUGGCUCGGUACACUUCGAUGGAGAGACCAUCGAGGGCGCGCCGCCGCUGUGGGCCGCCUCCGCCGCGGGCCACCUGGAUGUGGUGCGGAGCCUGCUGCGCCGCGGGGCCUCGGUGAACCGCACCACGCGCACCAACUCCACGCCCCUGCGCGCCGCCUGCUUCGACGGCCACCUGGAGGUGGUGCGCUACCUGGUCGGCGAGCACCAGGCCGACCUGGAGGUGGCGAACCGGCACGGCCACACGUGCCUCAUGAUCUCGUGCUACAAGGGCCACCGCGAGAUCGCCCGCUACCUGCUGGAGCAGGGCGCCCAGGUGAACCGGCGCAGCGCCAAGGGCAACACGGCCUUGCACGACUGCGCCGAGUCCGGCAGCCUGGAGAUCCUGCAGCUGCUGCUGGGGUGCAAGGCCCGCAUGGAACGUGAUGGCUACGGCAUGACCCCUCUGCUCGCGGCCAGCGUUACGGGCCACACCAACAUCGUGGAGUACCUCAUCCAGGAGCAGCCCGGCCAGGAGCAGGUCGCAGGGGGAGAGGCUCAGCCUGGGCUUCCCCAAGAAGGCCCCUCCACCAGCCAGGGGUGUGCACAGCCUCGGGGGGCUCCAUGCUGCCGCUCCUCCCCGGAGGAACCACUGAACGGGGAGUCUUAUGAAAGCUGCUGUCCCACCAGCCGAGAAGCUGCCGUGGAAGCCUUGGAAUUGCUGGGAGCCACGUACGUGGAUAAGAAACGAGAUCUGCUUGGUGCCCUUAAACACUGGAGGCGGGCCAUGGAGCUGCGUCACCAGGGGGGCGAGUACCUGCCCAAACCGGAGCCCCCGCAGCUGGUCCUGGCCUAUGACUAUUCCAGGGAGGUCAACAGCACCGAGGAGCUGGAGGCGCUGAUCACCGACCCCGACGAGAUGCGCAUGCAGGCCCUGUUGAUCCGCGAGCGCAUCCUGGGUCCCUCCCACCCGGACACUUCCUACUAUAUCCGUUACAGGGGCGCCGUGUACGCCGACUCGGGCCAUUUUGAGCGCUGCAUCCGCUUGUGGAAGUACGCCCUGGACAUGCAGCAGAGCAACCUGGAGCCUCUGAGCCCCAUGACCGCCAGCAGCUUCCUCUCCUUCGCCGAACUCUUCUCCUACGUGCUGCAGGACCGGGCGGCCAAGGGCAGCCUGGGCACACAGAUCGGCUUUGCAGACCUCAUGGGGGUUCUCACCAAAGGGGUCCGGGAAGUGGAACGCGCCCUGCAGCUCGCCAAGGAGCCCGGAGACUCGGCGCAGUUCACCAAGGCGCUGGCCAUCAUCCUCCACCUGCUCUGCCUGUUGGAGAAAGUGGAGUGCGCCCCCAGCCAGGAGCACCUGAAGCACCAGACCGUCUACCGCCUGCUCAAGUGCGCGCCCCGCGGCAAGAACGGCUUCACGCCUCUGCACAUGGCUGUGGACAAGGACACCACACAGGUGGGCCGCUACCCCGUGGGCGUAUUCCCCUCCCUGCCCGUGGUCAAAGUGCUGCUGGACUGCGGGGCCGACCCGGACAGCAGGGAUUUUGACAACAACACUCCCCUGCACAUAGCAGCCCAGAACAACUGCCCGGCCAUCAUGAACGCGCUGAUGGAAGCCGGGGCCCACAUGGACGCCACCAACGCCUUUAAGAAGACAGCCUACGAACUGCUGGACGAGAAGCUGCUGGCCAGGGGCACCAUGCAGCCCUUCAACUACGUGACCCUGCAGUGCCUUGCGGCCCGGGCCCUAGACAAAAACAAGAUCCCAUACAAGGGCUUCAUCCCGGAGGAGCUGGAGGCGUUCAUUGAGCUGCACUGACCUGCCCUGAACGUCCACACGCCGCUCACUUCUCCCUUCUGAGGGGGAGACGAUGGGCUGGGAGGCAGCAGAUACUCGUUCGUGCCUCCUUCAGCCACGCAUCUGGUGAAGGCUGCUUCUGCCUCCCAUCCCCUUGACCUGCAGACAGGGUCGGAGGAGUUAGCGAGCCUUUGGUGCUAGAAGCCGUCAGGGUCACGUGCUAAGAGAACGCUCUUUCUCUAGGAGCCUGCUCGCUCAUUCUGAGUUGGGGGGGGGGAAAAAACCAAAAAAAAACACAGGACCUUCCCCACGUCCUGUCUGCCCAGGUUACGCAGGCCUUUGCCUUGUUACCUAGAGGUGGAGGGACGGAAGCGAUCGCGUUCCUUCCCUGCUAGAAGCACAGGAAGAAGCUGAGGGCAGUCUGUGUCCGCUUGCCCCUUUACGUGGUCGGGUAACUCCAGGUGCUGAAUGCAGUGUUGGGACUAGGAGCUCCCGAGAUUACAGCCUGAAAGUCAAGGGGUGAGACCACCCCUGGUUUCUUUGAGCACGAUCACGCCCUGCCCCGGUACUGCCAUCGUCCCUGGCAGAGGGGCAGGGCUCUGCCCAGGUCAGCCUGCCAUUUGCAUAGCUUUGGGUUGGUUUGCUGUUGUGUUUACUAGUGGGCAGGCUGCAAGCUUUGCACAGAAGUUCGGAGAUUUUACUGCCUUGUUUUUUUUUUUUUUUUUUUUUAAAGAAAGUUGUUGGACUCCAUAAGUGAAUUUCAAGCAGUGAGGAUUUCGUGGUGCCUGACGUGGCUGAGGAGGCCACAGAGAGUGAGCUCUCUGUGAGGAAUUUGAUGAGUGACACGAAAGUCCACCGUGUCGGUCCCUAGAAUAGACAGGCGACCGGACAUUUUUAUAAAGCACUACUCGACAGCCUUUUACAGGCCUUCCGAUUUUACAUCCUCCUGAGAAAGAGACCCGUUCUGCCAGGCAGAAAUCGGUAGUGACCGCCCAGCCUCGUCCCACUUUGCCACCCAGCAAGAACUGGCAGUUGGUUUGGGGCUGCAUUGCUGUAGCUCCCGAGUUAAAACCACAGGCCAGUGUGCCUGGCAAACCCCGCAUGGCCGCUGAUUUCAUUGUCAGCGCGUCCACAGGCGGCCCGAGCUGUUUUUCAGCUGCUCGGAGGACCGGGACCCGAGUCUUCACGAAAAAGGCCCGAGAACGGUCUUAAUGCGACAAAUCCACCAGCUAAGACGGUGAGUGUCAAGACCGGCCUGCCAGUGAGGUUUGCACAGCGUCUGUGGUUCCCAUCCCUAGGGUGAAGCGUUGCAGCUGCCAGGGGACCUGUCCCAGCGAGACUGUUCCCAAGAGCGAGACUGCAUCAGCCCCGGCGGGUGUGAGCAGGUUCCUGGCCGGCGUCGCAGAGCCGCGAAUAGCAGAAGGGAGGCCGUUCUUACCACACCCUCCCCGUGGUAGCCACUGCCAGGCCCUUAGGAGGAGCAGCGACCAUGGGUGUCCAGAAACAUCCUGUCCCCAGAGGGAAACGAGGUCUCGUUUGGAUUUUUCUUUUUCUCUCUCUCUCUUUUUUUUUUUUUUUUUU